AUGAGUGCUUUAACCAAGGAAGGUUCUUCUCAAAACACUCGAAAGAAGGUCGAAACCCACACAACCCAUGUGGGAAAUAAGGAUGUAAUGCCUGGAAGCCAACUAUGGACCGAUGGCCUUAUCUGUGCUUUCGAGUUCAUCCGAGCUCACAAAAAGUCGGCCGAUCCAAAAUCUUUGCCCAACAAGCAAUCGUCUCGUCUGGUCAAUCAUUUUAACUCGAAGAGCCAAAUUCACCCGGAUGGAGAAGCUUCUCAAAAAUCAAACAGAAACACUCUUCAAGAAUCUGCCCCUCUCGUUGAAUUAGAUGGCCAAAACUCUAAAUUCGACGCCUCUCAACCCGUCGAAAGGCGUGAAGAAGGGAGCUAUUGGGCUCCGAUUGGAUGGGCCCGAAUUUCAGAGCUCGUCCAAACAGUUGAGAUCGACGAGGAGUGGUCCACUAAGCAAUUUACAUUCACGGAGGACGAUGAUGACGAACUCACUGUUGCAGACUUAGCUGCUCCGUACUGGGAAAGACCGGCCGGGCCCACGUGGUGGUGCCAUCUAGCUGCCGGUCAUCCGACUGUCGAGGCGUGGCUCGGUGGGGCCCACUGGUUGCAUCCUGCCAUUAGGACUGCUUUGAGAGACGAGAGCAGAUUGAUAAGCGAUCGAAUGAAACACCUCUUAUAUGAGGUCCCGGUAAGGGUUGCUGGAGGUUUACUGUUUGAACUUUUGGGGCAGUCAGCUGGUGAUCCCUACAUUGAAGAAGAUGAUAUCCCGGUUGUUGUUCGUUCAUGGCAAGCUCAAAACUUCCUUUUAACCGCUCUACAUGUGAAAGGAUCUGCUUCGAGAAUCAAUGUUUUAGGUAUAACAGAAGUCCAGGAACUUUUGAUUGGUGGAGGCUACAAUACUCCUAGGACCGUGCACGACAUUAUAGCGAAUCUAGCUUGCCGAUUGGCACGGUGGGAUGACAGGCUAUUUCGAAAAUCCAUAUUUGGGGCAGCAGAUGAGGUUGAAUUGAAAUUCGUGAACAGGAGAAACCAUGAAGACUUGAAUCUUUUAGGGGCAAUACUCAACCAAGAAAUUAGAAGGCUAUCAAGACAGGUUAUUAGAGUGAAAUGGUCUCUCCAUGCAAGAGAAGAGAUAGUUUUUGAACUUCUCCAGCAUCUGAGGGGAAAUCUUACGAGAAGUCUACUGGAAGGGAUACAAAAGAAUACCAGAGAAAUGAUUGACGAGCAAGAAGCUGUUCGUGGCCGACUGUUUACCAUACAAGACGUCAUGCAAAGCACAAUCCGUGCAUGGUUACAGGACAGAAGCUUGACGGUCACACACAAUCUAGCUGUCUUUGGAGGGUGCGGGCUUGUACUUUCCAUAAUCACGGGAUUAUUUGGUAUUAACGUGGACGGGAUCCCGGGUGCACAAAACACGCCUUAUGCAUUUGGGCUUUUUGCCGGGCUUCUUUUCUUCUUAGGUAUGGUGCUGAUUGUGGUUGGGCUGAUUUAUCUGGGGCUGAAAAAGCCCGUUAAGGAAAAUCAGGUCGAGGUAAGAAAAUUGGAACUUGAUGAGUUGGUGAAAAUGUUCCAGCACGAGGCCGAGACUCAUGCUCAGGUGCACAAGCACAUGUCUCGGCAUAAUUUGCCGCCAACUGCUGGGGAUAGGUUUACGGAGGAUGCCGAUUAUGUUCUUAUUCGUUAG